ACAGAGCAGAGCAAAGUGACUUUCUCCUAUUCUCUCUCUCUCAGUCUCAAACACAUAGAAAAUGGCUGAGCUUGAGAGUCCAGGAGUAAUGCCAAAGCUAAUAGCUUUCUUAUCUUCAUUGCUAGAACGAGUUGCCGAGUCGAACGAUCUGACCCGGCGAGUCACGACUCAGUCACAGAGUGUUUCCGUGUUCCACGGACUGAGCCGGCCAACCAUAACGAUUCAGAGCUACCUCGAGAGGAUUUUCAAAUACGCGAAUUGCAGUCCUUCUUGCUUCGUCGUGGCUUAUGUCUAUCUCGACCGUUUCACUCAGAGACAGCCUUCACUUCCGAUCAACUCCUUUAACGUUCAUCGUCUCCUCAUUACUAGUGUCAUGGUCUCCGCUAAAUUCCUCGAUGAUCUAUACUACAACAAUGCGUAUUACGCCAAAGUGGGAGGGAUAAGCACGAAAGAGAUGAAUCUUCUGGAGCUUGAUUUUUUAUUCGGGUUAGGGUUUGAUUUAAACGUGAAGCCAAACACAUUCUACGCUUACUUCUCUUAUCUUCAAAAGGAAAUGACUCUUGUUCAACCUCUCUCUGUCCCACCAAGAUCUGUCAUUACCUUCAACGACGAAGAAGCUUCUCAUCAGAAACAACAACAGCAACUCGCUGUUUAAUUCACACAAGAUUCCAAAAAAAAAAAUAAAUCAAAGUGUUUAUUUUUUUGGUUCUCUUUUAUUAAUCAGUCUUGUCUUUGUUUUAAUGAAAUUUGUAGUUGUAGAUCAUGUAGAGAUUAGUCGGCAGGGACUCUUAUCUUUGGCUUAAUCAAUCUUGAUUAAGAAAUUUCAAAAUCAAGACAGCAAGUUCUUGAUCAUUUCUCUCUCUCUCUCCCUUUAUAUUAUAUCAUAUAUGUUUAGAUGUGAACAUAUUUGAUAGUUCAUCUUUAGCUUGGUUAAAGGGUUUAAAUGUCACUAGUCUAGUAACUCCAAAACUUAAAUAACCAAAAUAUAUUUUUCUUUGGUGUUGAACAAC